GUCUGGGCUUUCGAGAGGAGAGGUGCUGUUGCUCCUAUUGUCGCCGCUGCAAUUGGCCAUCGUUUUCUUUCCUCUUGGGAGCGUUGGUGGUUUUCAUCUCCAUGGGGACAGCAACAUCUAAAGAAGAACCCUCCUCUGUAAAGAGUCCAGAGGCUUCAGUUGCUUUCAGCAUGAUUGACGUCUUCCUCUUCUCCAUUGUCAUUGGUCUCCUGACCUACUGGUUUUUCUUCCGUAAGAAGAAAGAGGAGAUCCCAGAGUUUUCAAAAAUCCAGACACCAACAGGAGGAGCAACUGGGCAGUCAGCAAAUGAAAACAGUUUUAUUGAAAAAAUGAAAAAAACGGGAAAAAAUAUUGUGGUAUUCUAUGGAUCUCAAACAGGGACUGCUGAAGAAUUUGCCAACCGCCUUUCAAAAGAUGCUCAUCGUUACGGGAUGCGGGGCAUGUCUGCUGAUCCAGAAGAAUAUGACGUGUCGGACCUGACUCAUUUGUCGGAAAUUGAAAAGUCUCUGGCAAUCUUCUGCAUGGCCACCUACGGAGAAGGGGAUCCCACCGAUAAUGCCCAAGAUUUCUACGACUGGUUGCAAGACACAGAUGCCAAACUGUCUGGUAUAAAAUAUGCGGUGUUUGGGCUUGGGAACAAAACCUACGAGCAUUUCAACGCCAUGGGGAAAUUUGUAGACAAGAGGCUGGAGGAGCUCGGAGCUCAACGGAUAUUUGAACUUGGCCUGGGAGACGAUGAUGGAAACUUGGAAGAAGAUUUCAUCACUUGGCGUGAACAGUUUUGGCCAGCAGUGUGUGAACAUUUUGGCGUGGAAGCCACAGGAGAUGAAUCCAGCAUUCGGCAGUACGAGCUGGUGGUUCACAAAGACAUUGCCCCAGCCAAAGUUUACAUAGGUGAAAUGGGACGCCUCAAGAGCUAUGAGAACCAGAAACCACCAUUUGAUGCCAAGAAUCCCUAUUUGGCCCCAGUUACUUUGAACCGGAAGCUCAACCAAGGUGGAGAGAGGCACCUAGUGCAUCAUGAACUGGACAUCACUGGGUCUAAAAUCAGGUAUGAAUCUGGAGACCAUAUUGCUGUAUAUCCAGCCAAUGAUACUUCACUGGUGAAUCAACUGGGUGAAAUACUUAGUGCUGAUUUGGAUGCAGUGAUCUCCUUAAACAAUUUAGAUGAGGAAUCCAACAAGAAGCAUCCGUUCCCUUGCCCAACUUCAUACCGCACAGCCCUGACCUACUAUUUGGAUAUCACUAAUCCACCACGCACUAAUGUUCUCUAUGAGUUGGCUCAAUAUGCCACAAAUGCCAGUGAACAGGAGAAACUGCGCAAGAUGGCCUCCUCCUCUGCUGAAGGCAAGACUUUGUAUCUCAGCUGGGUUGUUGAGUCCCGGAGGAAUAUCCUGGCUAUCCUGCAGGACACACCUUCUCUGCGGCCUCCUAUUGACCACCUUUGUGAACUGCUUCCCCGUCUUCAAGCCCGCUAUUACUCCAUCGCUUCCACAUCCAAGGUACACCCAAACUCCAUCCAUAUCUGUUCCGUUGUCGUGGAGUACACUACCAAAACGGACCGAGUAAACAAAGGGGUGGCUACUAACUGGCUGAAGAACAAGCAACCCAAUGAGAAUGGGCACAAAUCCACCGUGCCCUUGUAUGUCCGGAAAUCCCAGUUCCGGCUGCCCUUCAAGCCUAACACUCCUGUCCUCAUGAUUGGGCCAGGCACAGGGAUCGCUCCCUUCAUCGGUUUUAUUCAGGAGCGGGGCUGGCUCAAACAACAAGGCAAGGAGGUUGGGGAGACUGUGCUGUAUUUUGGCUGCCGACACGAGAAGGAGGACUACAUCUACAAAGAAGAACUUGCCAAAUUUGUCAAAGAAGGAGCCCUUACUCAACUCAAUGUGGCUUUCUCGAGGGACCAGCCAGAAAAGAUUUAUGUGCAGCACCUGCUAAAAAAGAACAAGGAGCAUGUCUGGAAGUUGAUCAGCGAAGGAAACGGUCACAUCUACGUGUGCGGUGAUGCACGCAACAUGGCCCGGGAUGUUCAGAAUACCUUUUACGAGAUUGUAGCUGAAUAUGGCAAGAUGAACCAGCAGCAGGCUGUGGACUAUGUCAAGAAAUUGAUGACCAAGGGCCGAUACUCCUUGGAUGUUUGGAGUUAGGGGGCACUUACUGCAGAAAGGAGGGGUGUCUCAGGUGGCUGGUGGAAGAGCAGGGCAAGGACUCAUCAUUCUGCCUCCAGGGAAGCAUCUGUGCAUACCUUGACUUUCUCCAGCUCCUACCCCUUCCCUGUUAGACAGGAUGAAUUUAGUGGGCUUUGGUUUUCUAUGGCAAGAUCUAAUUGCAUUGAGCUAGACUCUCAGAGCAGUGGAGAAAUACCGGCAUGUCUGUUUCUCUCUCACACUUUUUCUUUCUUUCUUUGGUUGGUAGCUGCUACAGGACAUAUCUGAGGGUGGGUUUCCUGCCCGUUCUUUGCCCAACAAAAAGGAACCACCCUUCUUGUCUCACAGGUAUCUCUGCUUGGGUGGACAUGGUGCUUAGAUGACCUUGGCCCUUCAACAGUCCCAUUUAGCCUGAUCAACAGGCCGGGGUCUUUCUUGGGUUGCACUGAAGAAUACAUUUUGGCAACGAUUUUCAUUUUGGUCAGUAGCUAGUUGUUGGGAUUCAUGUGGGAUAGGUGCCAGGGAAAUGUCUGAAGAGGAGGCAGAAGGAAUCGUUUGGAAGGCAAGGGAUAGCAGCAGUGGUUUACAAGAAGGAUCAGUAAAAUGAAACUCUCAUCUUCCUGUGUGUUAACAGGCAUGUGUGGAGGGUGAUGGUGGAUCUAGAUGCUGUGCCUCAGCAUGGAGCAGAGAAGAACCUGCUUCGGGUAUCUCACUUUGUUCUUCCCCUCUUGGGGGAAACUUAUUUUACAUGAGUGUGAGCGCUCUCCAAACCACCCUUUCCAUUUCUCCCUUGCUUUGUUCCUUUGAUCCUGGACUGAGGCUGAUCCCAGCUCUGAUGCCUGCAGUCCCGUGCUGCUCUUCUGAACCCCGAUUGUACAUAAUUUUAAGAAGACUUGUUCUUGAAAUAAAAUAACCUCUGAUUCUUUU